CAAAGCUACUCGGGUCCCUGGACUCUCUCUGUAAUAAUCUCUAUCAGAUAUAUUUUUCUUUUUAUAUUUUCGAACACUUCUUUCUUUCUUCUCUUCUUCUUCAACAAGAGUGAUCAGUGUUGUGUUCAUUAUGAGUGGCCAUCUCUUCCUCUGCAAAUCUCCAAGAUCACCAUCCCUUCUCAAGCCCUUAACAUCAUAUCUCCACAACCCCAUCAAGCAAUGUAGUGACCAAGCAAGUAAUAAGGAGGGAGACAAGGCCAAGGAAUUCAUAGAGGAGAGAGCGCCAUCAACGGCGCAAGUGUUCAAAAAAUUUGAAGAGGAGAAGCUCAAGGCGACAAAACAAGGUGGUGGAGAUAGUGAGACAAUUGAACAAGCCAGAGAAGAGGUCACUCAUGGUGAUUCUAAAGUUGGUUCUGCAAAAGAAAGGUCCAAGAAAGCACAUGAAGAGGAUCAUAUAUAGGAAGGACUAAUAGAGAUGAUAAGCUAAGCACGAAACGAAACUUGUAUGUGAACGGCUUUAAUAAUGUGUGCAAAUUAGUGAGUGCCGAGUUGAUUCCCGAGACUAGAACUACAGAAUACCAAUAUGUGUAUCGGACUCAUUUGAUCGCACCUGAUUUAUGUCACUAAUUAGCUGUAGUA